UUCCUUAGUUGUCAGUGAAAACUUUUCACAACUAUUUGCUGACGAGAUCUAACUGAUUUCCGCAGCUAUAUUCAGAGAUAUAAAAUUAAGGCCAGCCCGAAAUUAUGAACAACCGGUUCGCCCAUUUGGAUCUGGAGACGCUCUACGGGAUUCCCCUGAUGUGUCCAGUGGCCAAGUGCGAGUCGCAGAUGACGCCGCUCGAGAUGCUGGCCCAUCUGUUGAUGCGGCACAGUCCGCAGGAUUCGAUGACCGAGAUCGGAGACGAGUUGCCGUUGGAGUACGAGGUGGAGCUGGAUAAACUGACGCCGGGAUGGAACCACUCGGUGGGCGUGAUCGCCUACGGGGGAUCCCCGAAGGCGGGUCUCAGCCGAGCGGUUACUCCAGAUCUGCAGAUUCUCCACCAUCUGCCCAUCAUCCUCAUGCUGUACGUGAGUCCGCCUGUGCUGAACAUGGACCAGGCCUACAUCUUCUACCUGGUGAGUCCGGUGUCCUCCAGGCGGGUGAAUGCCCACGUAUCGCUGCUGGAUGUAUUUCAUAACCACGAGACGCGUGGAUUUCGCUACCUGCGCAAUUCCCAAGACACUCCUGCGAAGGAAGGCGAUGACCUGCUCUACUGCAACAUAGACUACCUCUUGUACACGGCCAACGAUAUACGGGAGCUGUGUCUUUCAGGACUGCAGCGAAGGAUCUUCGUCAAGAUCAUUCUCCACGGCGAACCCGACCUCUUCGAAGUGGUCACCCAGCAAAAGGUGCCCGACUAAAUGACUCAUUUGGUUCGAUAAACACUUAAGUGCCGCGCCGCCAAUUGACGCACACUUGAAAUUCGAGUGGCUGUCAAUAAUAUUCUUUCCUCAAAGAACUGUCAGAGAAUUUGUCUUCCCCCAUUCAUUCAAUAAUUCUGUUUUGGCUGGCGCGAAACUGGGUCACACAGAGAUAUUCGGU